AUGGUUGCAGGCACUGCUGAGAAUGAGUUUGAACAGAAGAGACCAACUGCCGGCGGCGGCGGCCUGAAGGGCGCUCCAAAGAAGGGCCAGAAGACGACCAAGAAGUUCAUCAUCAACGCCCAGCAGCCAACCCAGGACCGCAUCUUCGACCCCUCUGCUUUCGCCACCUUCCUCCAGCAGCGCAUCAAGGUCGAGGGCCGCACCGGUAACCUCGGCGACAACAUUACCGUCUCCAACCUCGGCGACGGCAAGAUCGAGGUCGUCGCACACCAGGACUUCUCCGGUCGCUACCUCAAGUACCUGACCAAGAAGUUUCUGAAGAAGCAGCAGCUCCGUGACUGGCUCCGUGUGGUCAGCACCAGCAAGGGCGAGUACAGCCUGAAGUUCUUCAACGUCGUUGGUGAGGGCGAGGAGGAGGAUGACGAGUGA